AUGCCUCAUGAUCCAACAGCCAGCUUUGACUUUAGUUCUACAUACGAGUUUGAGAUGCUCUGGAACAAUAGCAACGAUAUUGCUGAUUUUUUACCUGCGUCGUUCUUUGACACCGACUUUUCAUUGUCUGAUAUCUGGCAGACAGAUAAUCAUAGAGUCAAUAGCUCGAUGGCACCGAUUUCUCACACCGAGCAAAGCGGACAAGACUCGAUACCCAGGAACGCAGAUGAACCCCUGUCUUUCAUUUCGCUUCCAUCUAGACUCCCACCUUUAGAGCCAGACUCUCUCUCCUCGCGCGAUGAGAGGCUACCACACAACGAGUUAGACUCACCGGGAGGAAUUGACCCUGUUACUGACACGGAAACUGCAUUGCCAUGGAAUAUUUCCGCACUUGCAUAUGACCGAAUCUCCGCUGGUAUUCGAACAUACGACGAUAUUUUGCCCACCGGUUUUCUCAUUCCGUCCAGGCAUACCAUUUCGCGAUACAUUUCGGGCUAUUUCCGAGGCUUCCAUGAGCAUUUUCCUCUCAUUCACCCCCCUACUCUUAAAUUGGACAAUAUAUCACCCGAGCUUCUCCUUGCAAUGGUCGCGAUGGGUGCAUUCUGUCGGGUCGAGAAGAGGAAGGGAUAUAAGCUUUACUUGGCCGCCAAAGCGAUCAUAAUGCAUCACCUUGGACUGCGUACCCGGCUAUCUCUCACACGUCUUGCAAGAGGCUCAUCAAAUCAUCCGAGAAAUAAGGUUUCUAGAUCAAAUUCCACCAAUAUCGAUGGAGACGAAGGGUCUGAUCACUGCCAUUUUCCUACCAAAACGACCACUUCUCCAUUAGGGUUACAAACACUACAAUCCCUUGUCAUCUUAAUAGCAAUGGCGAUGUGGGCAGAUGUGCCUGCUGUACAAGAUGCUUUGUCAAUGGGAAGUCAGCUUGCAAUGCUUACCCGAGAAGCCGGGUUGGGACAACCAGAUGGAAUAGUUGGAAGAUGCACUUGGUCAGAUUGGAUAAACCGGGAAGAGCGCCGACGUACUCUUUUCGUAUCUUACACCCUCCUGAACCUCUGCAGUAUCUCCUUCGAUGUGCCCCCCUUGAUCCUGAACCAGGAAAUCCGACUUUCGCUUCCCCACUGUAACACAGAAUGGGUGAACACAUCCGCAGCCGAGUGGCAACACACAAGGGAAACAUAUGGCCACACUGAGCGACAGUUCCAGUCAACUCUCACGGACAUGAUGGCCGGAACAGACGUCCAUCACGAAGAGCCACUUUCUGCGCUUGGAAAUUAUGCCCUGAUAAAUGCGUUGAUCCAGAGCAUAUACUUUGAGCGACAGAGCACAACCAGCCACACGAUCCGUUUGGAUAUCAUGAAGAAAUUCGAGUCUGCUCUCCAGACAUGGCAAAGGUCUUGGGAAGCAACCCUGGAAACUUCGCUUGACCCUGAGUCUCCUCGGGGGCCUCUCGGAUUCAACUCGGCCGCCUUGCUGAGACUCGCAUAUCUCCGUCUCAAUGCCAACCUCGGCCCAUGUCGAAACCUGUUAUCACAGGACCCACAGUCAAUCGCUCUUCUUUUCACAAACAACACACCAUUAUUUACGCGCUCCUUACACAUCGAUCGGGCUGUCCUUCAAUGCAUCCACGCCCUUAGUAUUCCAAUUCGGGUCGGCGUCGCCUUUGCCGCGUGUACACAGUCUGUGAAUGGGAGUAUCCAACAUCCUCUCUGUACACUGGAAUGUGCGAUUCUACUCAGUCGUUGGCUAGGUAUUAUUUCCGACGUGGUAGAAGCGUCGGGGCUGGAAACCCUACGAGAAGACGAACGAAAGCUGCUUGGGAUGAUUGCCAGCCUCAUAAGAGAAACGGAUUGGGCAGAUACGCUGGAAAGCAAGGAGGCAGAUAGUUACUGUAUCCGUCGGAUGGCGGCGACUGUUGUGAGGCUAUGGGCUGAGACAUUCCAAGGUGUGCAUAUAUUCGAAAUUGUUCGAGUCAUUGGGGAGACGCUGUCUAUCGUCGCAGAGAUCCUUGAAAAAAGGCUAGAGCCACAAGAGAAUCAUCUGUAUAUAGAUUAA